AUGAACCUCCAGGCCCAGUCGAAGGCUCAGAACAAGCGGAAACGUUGCCUCUUUGGGGACCAGGAAGCAGUCCCCAAGGAGCAGCCCGCACCCCUGCAGGCCCCGCAGCAGUCGGUCCGCGUGAAGGAAGAGCCAUUCGUCGGGCCCGAGGGGCCCGUGGGGGCCCCAGCCUCCCAACCCGGGGAGCUGCCGCCGCCCAGCAGCCUCGCCCUGCUCAGCUCCGUGGUGUACGGGCCCGAGCGCCCCCCGGCGGCCAUGCUGUCGCAGCAGGUGGGAGCAGCCAAAUGGCCCAACUCCGUGCUGGCCCCAGGGCGCCCGGAACGCGGAGGAGGCGGAGGUGUCGGCGACAGCGGCUGGCAGCAGCAGCCAGGCCAGCCUCCGCCGCACGCGGCGUGGAACUGCCACAGCCUGUCCCUCUUCAGCGGGCCCAAGGCGGGCCCGCACCCCAGCGCGGGGGUCUCGGCCUACUACAGCCACCCCGAGGCUCUGAAGCGCGAGAAGGCGGGGGCUGCGCAGCUGGACCGCUUCGGGAACGCUGCCCGGCCGGGGCUGCCCCAGAAGGCUCAGCUGGAGGUGGGGCGGCCCCAGGCGCCCCUGAAUUCUUUCCACGCGGCCAAGAAACCCCCCGGCCAGACGCUGCCCCUGCAGCCCUUUCAGUUGGCUUUCGGCCACCAGGUGAACCGCCAGGCCUUCCGGCAGGGGCCGCCGCCGCCCAACCCUGUGGCCUUUCCCCCGCAGAAGCAGCCGGCCCUCCUGCAGGAGGUGGCCCCCCAGCCCGCGCUACCUCAGGUCCCCUUCCCCCGCCGCUCCCGCCGCCUUUCCAAGGAGGGAAUCCUGCCUCCCAGCACGCUGGAGGGGGCCGGCACCCAGCCUGUGCAGGAGCCCGCGGGCAACCUCUUCCUGCACCACUGGCCCCUGCAGCCGCCGCCUGGCUCCCUGGGGCAGCCCCAUCCCGAAGCGCUGGGGUUCCCGCUGGAGCUGAGGGAGUCACAGCUGCUGGCGGAGGGGGAGAGACUGGCCUCCAACGGUCGGGAGCGGGAGGUCCCCGCCAUGGGCAGCGAGGAGGGCUUGAGGGCGUUGGGCACAGGGGACUGCGGGCAGGUGCUGCGGGGUGGGGUGAUCCAGAGCACACGACGGCGGCGCCGGGCGUCCCAGGAGGCCAAUUUGCUGACCUUGGCCCAGAAGGCGGUGGAGCUGGCCUCACUGCAGAAUGCAAAGGAUGCCAGUGGCUCUGAGGAGAAGCGGAAAAGUGUGCUUGCCUCAACUGCCAAAUGUGGGGUGGAGUUUUCUGAGCCUUCAUUAGUCACCAAGCGAGCCCGAGAAGACAGUGGGAUGAUACCACUCAUCAUCCCAGUGUCUGUGCCUGUGCGGGCUGUGGACCCAACUGAGGCAGCCCAAGCUGGAGGUGUUGACGAGGAUGGGAAGGGUCCUGAACAGAACCCCACUGAGCACAAGCCAUCAGUCAUUGUCACCCGCAGGCGGUCCACCCGAAUCCCCGGGACGGAUGGUCCAGUGCAGGCUGAGGACAUGAAUGCCAAGCUGGAGGGGGAGACUUCUGUGCGGAAACCAAAGCAGCGGCCACGGCCUGAGCCUUUGAUCAUCCCCACCAAGGCGGGCACUUUCAUCGCCCCUCCUGUCUAUUCCAACAUCACCCCGUACCAGAGCCACCUGCGCUCUCCUGUCCGCCUUGCUGACCACCCCUCUGAGCGGAGCUUUGAGCUGCCCCCCUACACGCCACCCCCUAUCCUCAGCCCUGUGCGGGAAGGCUCAGGCCUCUACUUCAAUGCCAUCAUAUCAACCAGCAGCAUCCCAGCCCCUCCUCCCAUCACACCUAAGAGUGCCCAUCGCACCCUGCUCCGGUCUAACAGUGCUGAAGUCACCCCACCCGUCCUCUCUGUGAUGGGGGAAGCCACCCCAGUGAGCAUCGAGCCACGGAUCAACGUGGGCUCCCGUUUCCAAGCAGAAAUCCCGUCGAUGAGGGACCGCGCCCUGGCAGCUGCAGAUCCCCACAAGGCCGACUUGGUGUGGCAGCCAUGGGAGGACCUGGAGUGCAGCCGGGAGAAGCAGAGGCAAGUGGAAGACCUGCUGACUGCUGCCUGUUCCAGCAUUUUCCCUGGAGCUGGCACCAACCAGGAGCUGGCCCUGCACUGUCUGCAUGAGUCCAGGGGAGAUAUCCUGGAAACGCUGAAUAAGCUGCUACUGAAGAAGCCCCUGUGGCCCCACAACCACCCACUGGCAACUUAUCACUAUACAGGCUCCGACCAGUGGAAAAUGACUGAGAGGAAGCUCUUCAACAAGGGCAUGGCCAUCUACAAGAAGGAUUUCUUUCUGGUGCAGAAGCUGAUCCAGACCAAGACUGUGGCCCAAUGCGUGGAGUUCUACUACACCUACAAGAAACAGGUGAAAAUCGGCCGCAACGGGACCCUCACCUUUGGGGAUGUGGAGCCAAGUGAUGAGAAGUCAGCCCAGGAAGAGGUUGAAGUGGAUAUUAAGACGUCCCAGAAGUUCCCAAGGGUGCCUCCUCCCAGAAGAGAAUCCCCAAGUGAAGAGAGGCUGGAGCCCAAGAGAGAGGUGAAAGAACCCAGGAAGGAUGGGGAGGAGGAAGUGCCAGAGUACCAGGAGAAGGGGGAGCAGGAAGAGGGGCGAGAGCGCAGCCGACGGGCAGCGGCCGUCAAGGCCACGCAGACACUACAGGCCAAUGAAUCGGCUAAUGACAUCCUCAUCCUCCGAAGCCACGAGUCCAACGCCCCUGGGUCUGCCAGCAGCCAGCCCUCAGAGAAGCCAAGGGAGGGCACAGGGAAGUCCCGAAGGGCACUACCUUUCUCAGAGAAGAAGAAAAAGCCAGAGACAUUCAAUAAGACCCAGAACCAGGAGAAUACCUUCCCUUGUAAAAAGUGUGGCAGGUAA